UGUCCUAAUCGUCGCUGUGGAUCAGCAGUUUGUAGCCUACCCGGCGGUGUAAAAACUAAAGGAGAAAUUGUCUGGAUUUAUUGAUACAGUAGGCCUACUGAUCAAAUAGCAGCAAGAUGAAUAGCGCAGCUGUGUAUCCCCCUCCCACUGCCCCUGCAGCUAACAUGUUUGGCAACGUGCCCGGAUAUGAAGGCACUUUGGCAGGAGGAGGAGGUUUCCUGCCCCCUCCUAUGCCCAUGGAGCCUGUAGCCCCACCCCAACCCGGCCCUGCACUUGCCGACUGGAGCAUCCCUGCACUGUCGGAGGAUGUGGCUCGUGAGGCGUUUAAGAGCUUUGUGUCGUCUCACUGCUGCUACAGUAGCGGUCCCGUCAACGAUGGAGUCAUCACCAGCAUGGAGCCAUGCAACACCUACAGGUAUCGACUGGAGACAUUCACUGAGUCCCGGUCAACUGAGUGGGCCCACAAACCUCAUGAAGGUGAGCCGGCUGACUUCUACACCCAGACUGCACCCCGGCCCUGGGAGAUCCAGGCCACCACGACUCCCAGCCUCUUCACCGAUCACACGGAGGAGAUCCGCGUGCCCUACACCUCCUCCAUCAAGGAAUGCCACAGCUGCCAUUCCAAAGGGACGAUGCUGUGCGAUGAGUGCCAUGGAGAUGGAUUUAAACCGUGCUGGGUGUGUAACGGCUCUGGGAUGAAGACUGAUGAGAGCUGCUCGCGCUGUAAUGCUACAGGCAAAGACAGGUGUACCAUGUGUGAUGCAAGGGGUACGAAGAAGUGUGAAACCUGUAAUGGAAAGGGACAACUGCUAACCUACAUCAAGGUCAAGGUGGAGUGGACUAACCAUGUGGAGGACCACGUGGUGGCGCAGAACUGUGGUCUGAACAUCGAUGAUCUUCGUUCUGUGAGCGGGAAGGAGCUGUUCAAGAACAACCAGUACCUGCUCUACCCGCUGCUCGGGUUCCCAAACCCGGCCAUCUCUGAGGCCUCCGAGCGUCUGGUCAGAGAGCACCAAAGCAAGUACGCCCAGACCUCCAGGAUCCUGCAGCAGAGGCAGACAGUCGAGCUGAUCCCCAUCACCAAGGUGAACUACAAGUGGAAGGGCGACUCUCACGUCUACUUCGUCUACGGCAAAGAGAACAAAGUCAGCGCUGACAAUUACCCAGCAACCUGCUGCUGUGUCAUCCUGUAGACACACACACACACACACACACACACACACACACACACACACACACACACACACACACACUGUCCCAAACUGUUAUACUGUUUAACUAACCACUGUAAACACAUUAAGAGUAACACAUAAAACCGUCCAAUUAGACGGAGAGUGGUUGCCACAUGUAGGGCUGGGUAUCUUUUAAAAAUAAUGUCAGUAUCGAUACCAAAACUUCACUGCCGUUUCCUGAAUCUUAUCUGAUAAAAUCUCUUUUAACAAAAACAAAUUACACAAAAACAACAUUUACACAUUACAAAUCUUUAUUUUUAUUUCUCAGCUUCUUUACACCUAUGGGACGCACGCUGUAGUCAAGCCUCUCACAAUUUGCAACACACACAUUGAGCCCCAUCCUGUCCUUAACUAAAGUAACGACAUAAACGACGUCAAGUUUUUCCUGCCUGCCUCUAUACAGCGUGCAACAUUAGACAGAACUAUCACAAGCAUUAUUAGAUUUUGGUACAAACUGCAUGUUUAUUGGCUCACUGAUGCUUAUGAGAUUUACUCUAUAUAGAAUUUGGAAUUGAAUGACAAGGCAUUUUUCGAUACUAAAAUAUGCAUAGAAGUGUCAAAGUUUGAUACCUAGCCCUAGCCGCAAGUGGUCGGCUUCUACUUUCGCAGGUAAACCUGUAUGUUACAUGUACUUAAACACUAAAACAUAUUUGUUGCGAUAAAGAAUACAUUUACAAUGUUGUCUGAAAUGAAUAUAAAACUGAAAGUUCAGUAUAUAACAUUAUGAUAAAAAACGAUAAGGGAGAGAAGAAAGUAACUUUCUCAGUACUGGCAUUAAUUAUUUGUCGUAAGUUGUAGUUCAAAUUUUAGAAUUAAGAUUUAAAAAAAAGUGCUGCACACUAACUAAACAAUCCUGGAGGGACUACAUUUAUUUGUUUGUCUUUUUGUUUCCAAAACUGUCUGCCCGGUCCUUCUGACUCUACCUCCUGUAAGGAUGCUGUGAUGCUCCACCAGGUGUCCUGAUGAGAGAAAAUAAUGUAUGUUCCUGACUUGUAUCCUUCAUAUCAAGUUUCACAUUUAAUUUACAUAAACUUUCAAUCUUUCACAUUAACAACUGAAUUGUCGAUAUCCAAAUUCAAGAUUGAAAAAAAAGAUUGUAUGUUUACACUGGCGUCCUGUAUACCAUUAUUGUCUCUGUGGGGACACCUGUGUCGACCAUCACGUUUCUCACAACACCACUUACCAAAGGUAUUUUGUUUUUACAGAUAUUUUUGUUACAAAAUCCUUUUACUCGAAAAUUUACUGAAAAUACAUGCCAGCAUAUGCCAUUUAAUGUCCUCAGUAUUGCAUGGGAUAUAUGACAUAUGUCCAAAUUAUAGCUGUUUCAAGAACAAGCAUGAGUUUUGGUCCUCUUGACAUCUGAACUUGCCAUUAGCCCAUAACUGGUCAUAAAAUCUGUGGAAGCCAAGGAAAGAGGAAGUUGAAUAGUAAAAAGUAAAUUAAAACACAAGGAGAUAUGAGGUUUUCAUCUGACAGAGGUAAAUACUGGAUAUGAUAUGUGCUUUAUAAUACUUUACCUGUGUAUAAUUUGUGUGUGAGAAACAGAAACACAGGCAGUAUUCAAAACCGCCUACUAUACUAGCAGUAUGUACUGAUUUGGCCAAAAUGUAGCAUGUAGCAUGCAGUACGCAAACAUAAGCAAAGUCUGCAGUAUGCAUCGGACCUGUCUAGCUCGCCUACUGUGUCCCACAAAGCAAAGCGCUGGAACGGUCACACCAACAGGCACUUCCGCUUUUCAAAACCGGGAACCGGCUAAGCCUCGCCCUGCAUACUGGAAAAUAAAUAGAUGUAAACCGUUUCAUACUACAUUUUACCAACAAACUGCACACUGUGUUCCUCAGUAGUAUUUAGUAGGCGGUUGUGAAUACAGACACAGUUUAUAGAAUAACAACAGAAUCUGGAUCCCCUUGUUAUUACCUGUGUUCUAACUGUGGUUUAAUGUUACAUGAAGGUAGAAACCACUUCAGGGUUUAAACUGCUGAGAUCAGAAGUUUUGAUUCAAACCGAUAAGAUUUAGUUGACUCCAAAAACAAAAGCUCUUGUUUUUCUAGGAAGAAUAUUUCUUAUAAUGCAUUCAUGGUCUUCACUGACGUGCUCACAGGGCUAGUUAGUGAACUACUGUAGCUGGCGAGCUAACCACUAACACGCUAACACUAGUCAGUCACAAAUACCUCCUUUUCUAUUUUCUCUAUACUUGGACAUUUAGUCCCCUCCGGCAAUUUGUCCUGAGGAUUGUACAUCAUUUCAUUCAAUAAAGAGCUACUAAAGUUAGCUCAGUCGACGUCGAACUUCGACUAAGGAGGUUAAAUAAAAUUGGAUGGUGACACACAGCUAACCAUCUAUGAUAGCGUCCUCCAUUUAAGACUUUUCAGCUCUCCAUUCCAUCAAGGGUCAACAUUGUCAAAACCGUUUGCUAAGUUGAAUUGAACAAGAAAAAUAUUUUAUAUAUUUUAUUUUUUUUACAUUAACUUCUAGUGAGACUGAGUCUUUUAGUCUUUGUUUUAUGGCUUAGUAAACAUCUCGCCUUUUAUCUGUACAGGUAGAAUGUCAUUAUUACCAUGAUAUCCUUGAUUUCUGUGUAUUCUGUCAAAAACAAGCAGCGUUAAAUAAUCUACCGGUUUGUCAGAUUCAGCUGUAUGUUAACAACAAACAAACCUCACCAAAGUGCUGAAACAAUAUUCCUAAAUGUUUAAUUCCUCUGUUUUUUUUAAAGAAAGAAUUACCUCAUCACGUCAACAUAAUAUUAUUAUAAAUCUUAAGCUUUGCUUAGCUCAAUUGAUCCUUUUACCCUCUCCUGCAUUAAGUCUAUUAGAGCCUCUUUGGCUGGUUCUGUCGCUUUAAAUCUCAGCCAAUCAGCUAACGGUCGGCAAAGCUGCAGCGCUCAAAGGCAUUCUGGGUAGGGGACUUGCUUCAACAGCUGAAAUAUUCCUGCAGCAACUAGAAACUGAUGUAUCUCCAAUAUUAAUGAUUAUUAUUACACCUUUCAAUGAGCUAAGAUCAUUUUAGAUUUUUUUUUUUUUUUAAAUGUUUAUCCUCCUCAAAAGUCUUUAAAAGUUAUUUGAGGCUUAAACAAGAUGUUCUUGUUAGAUCUUGAAAAGUUCUGGAGAUGCAUGCUUUCCAUGACCUGACUCCGCCAGAUGGAUUGCUUCGCAUUUGCUCGGCAUAUCCAUCUGGGAACUUUCCGUUGGAGAACUUUUGGGAAGGGGCGGAAUACUGGUUAUUUGAUUGGAUGAACCAUCUGUCUAUCACCUAUGUUGGUGAUAGACGGGCCAAAUCAACCAAUCAGAUCCACGAAGCGUAUGAAAAUACAACCACAAGCCCGCCCCUGCUGCUGCAGGCAAAGCAUAGCUCGUAAGCUCAGCAUGCAA